AUGCAUGAGGCGCUGUCAGUCGCCCGGUACCGGGUUAGUCUGAUUCUGUCUCCUCCCGCUCUUCAUGUCCCCCUAAACAAACAAGCGCCUCCUGAGCGGCGCCUUGUCAUCUCACCGACUCCUGGCGCCCGAAGAGGCCGUGGGGGGCGGGAUCAAGGAGCCAGGGCGCCACGGAACCACUGCGGCGAGACGGUGAAGGACGGUGGAGCUACCAGACCUCAGCCCGGCUUCAAGAUGGAGGAUCAGGAGUUGUUUCCAUGA